AUGGCUGACACCGGUCUACGUAUGAAUUUUGCAGCUCUAAAGAGGGCUGAUCCAUAUGCCAGAGAAAUAAUAGAUAGUGCUACCCACGUUGCACUUUACACUUUCGAAGAAAAUGAAUGGGAAAAAACUAAUAUUGAAGGCGCAUUGUUUGUGUACAGUAGAAAUGGUGAACCUUACCACAGUUUGGUGAUUAUGAACAGACUAAAUACGAAUAAUUUGAUUGAGCCAGUUUCGAAGGGUAUAGAAUUGCAGUUAAAAGAACCUUUUUUGCUGUAUAGGAAUGCUAAGUGCCGUAUUUACGGCAUAUGGUUUUACGAUAAAGACGAGUGUGUUAGGGUAGCCACGAAGUUGAAUUCUAUUGUUAAAGAUUCAAUGAAGCCAAGUGAUAACAUGGUGCAAAACCCUGUAUAUAAUGCUCCUGCUAAGUCCAGUGCCCCAGUUGAUAUAUUUAGCAUGCUGAGCAAAGCUCAAGAUGACUUUAAUUCUAAUAAAGGACUAUCAAACAAAACUGAUUCGACACCGUCAAGAGCGCCUGAUAUGACGUCGCAAAGUGUCAUGGACUUCUUUGCGAAAGCGGGUAGCGGUGCAGCAGCGCAGAUGCCUGCAGUGUCUUCCCUUCCAUCACCGGGUCUUUUUGGUCCACGACCCUCAGAUUCCCGUGAAGCCCCAUUACUCCUACAAAGACUUAUGAGUAAUCCUGCUCACUCAGUAGAACAUAUAGAGAAACAACAAAGGUCUGUCACUCCACAAGAGAACCAGAAUUCAAAUGGCAACAUUUCACUAGAUUCCACUAUGCGUCAGAACAGUGGAUUUCCAUUAAAAUCCACACCAAUUGACUCACAAUGCCAGCAAAGGAUACCAAAUAUGAAAAAGAUACAAGUUUUAGAUUCAGUGGAGGCAAAUGGUCCCAAUCCAUUGGAGAGUGAACUAAAUCUUAUGCAUAUUUCAUCACCAAAACCAACAUCACCAUUGGCAACAUAUUUGAACCAAUCGCAGGACAUCAGUCAUCCGAAACCGGCUCUGAUGCCACCAACAAUGUUCACCGUCACAACGGGUGGUGAUGUCCAGCCGUCCCCUGAGCCACUGACUAGGAAUCAGCUUUUGCAAGCAUUCAACUACCUUCUUAAACAUGAUGCUGAUUUUGUAAACAAAUUACAUGAAGCUUAUGUAAAGUCUUUUUCAGAGAAAGCUUUUUCCGUAUCAUAA